CAUACAGAGGGAGAGACAGACAGAGAGAGAGUUCCAUGGAAAACCUCUCACACUCUUAUUCGAAGAGGAGUUACCAUAAUGCAAAUGGCUUCACGGCGACAGCAGCGUACGAUGACGUUUUUGGAGGCCGGACGAAGUUCAACGUGCCUACACGUUCUCCACGCCUCGAGGACUACACUGAAGUUUUCGGAGGCUUCCACUCCUCCCGACCUUACUGCAUUCCGAUUCUGGAUCUCCCGGUGGCCGGCAAUGGCGAGGUGGAGCUUCCUUUCGAUGUCCGGAGCUCGCGGUUCGACUAUUCUGAGAUUUUCGGAGGCUUCAGGGCUGUAGAUUUUGCUGUUUCAUAUGAGGAUUUGCUGCCACAGUCGAAUGCUAGUUAUGAUUCUUCUGAUGAGGCCUGGAGUCCAUCUCCAAGUGAGCUGCUGUCUGAUGAAUCUGAUCCUUUGGCUUGUUCUGAAGGUCAUCAGAGUUUGUUUAGUUCUGAUAAGUUUUUCACUGUGACUGACAUUAACUCGAGAACUAAACCUUCUCAAUUACCACCACCCUCGAAACCGCUGUCAGCUUUUGCUAUAAAAAGUGGCCAAUCUGAUAGACCAAAUUCAAGUUCCAAAGAUUCUGCAGAUUAUGCUUUUGAACGAAUAUCUGGUGAAACUUCACCACCUUCUUUUGGCGAGGAGGUAGAUACAAGUUCACCUACUGUAGCUUUAAAAGAUGCAAUAGCAAGAGCACGAGCAAAAUGUCAACGUGCGAAAGAAUCAAUGGAGAAAAAGAAGCAAGGUCUACAAAGCUGUAAGGGACAUUCUGAUGACAUUUCUACAGAGGAUGUUACAAACGGUAUGUUUGAUGAGACCCCUGAAGGUGAAGAAAAGGAGGAAGAAAGAGGAGCUCUUGAAAGCAACAUGAAGGAAAAUAAACUAAAAGAGUCUAUUUGGCUUGACAAGAUUGAUAAGAAAAGUAAUCAGGGAAAUGAAAAUAAUAUCAACGAUAUUGUGAUGGAUCUUGAACAAGUACAGAAUAAGAGAGAGCAAGAUUUGGCUUGUAAAAGAGAGGAUGAGGAUAAGGAGAUGCAAGAUAUGUUUAAGUGGGACCAAACUCACAAGCACUUCACAGUCAAGAAUGAGAAACCUGAAGAACAGAAUGUGAAUCAUGAAAAAGAGGAAAGUAAAGGAGGUGAGAGUGAGGUUAGAAUCACAAAGAUUCCAAAGCAAGUACAAGAAGAGGAGAGUUUUUCCUUAGCUUCAGAGUCAGAAUCUGAAAACAUACCUGAAGACUCUGAUGAGCUUGAAGAAAUUGAGGGCAUGAUUGUAGAUGGUGGUAAGCUAGAAGAAUUGGAUGAAAAUGCCAGCUGUAAUGAGCAGAUAACUAUAGACUGCGAGAGUGGUGAAGCACUUGAUAGGGCAUGUGUAUCAAAUGAUGAAACUGUACAUGUUCCCCUAAUGCAUGAGAAGGUGGAGAAAAUUUUUAAAAAGCUGGAAACAACUCAAGCCGCAUUUUCAUGUGAUAAAAAUGAGGUGAAAAUAACUGAAGGUUACAAUGGUGAACUGGAAUCAGAAAUUGGAGCCAAUAACUUGCUGGCUAGAGAAAGACUCAACUCAUUCACAGAUAAGGAAGAGAACAUGCAAUAUGGAAAAAGUAAAGUUGUAAGAGAAGUUGCCAGAAAGCCACCUUGUUUGGAUGCACAUUUUACAAACUCAAAAGAUGUUGUCAGUGGCAUGGAAAAUUCAUCAUUUAAAAGGGAAAAGAUUGCCUCUGAGAUGGCUUGUCAUUCUGAAAACUUACAAACAGUAAUUCAUGAAGGGCAGAAUAGGAUCAAUGUUGCAGCAUUGCAGUUCACCAUUUACAAGGAAGUUGAUAAUGAAAUGUUUGCUCGGCAUCAAAUGGAUAGGGAUGGGGCUGAAAAUCAAGAGAAAAUUAGAGAUGCUUUGUCAGUUGUUCAAGAAGAUGGAGAAAUCUUAUCAAGAAUAGACCAAAGAAGCACAAACUAUUGCAGAGGAAGAAAAGAGAUGAGUUCAAAUGAGUGUAGGAAUGUUGUAGAGCAAAAAUUUGAAAUAUUGAAAAAGGAAAAAGAACCGAAGAAUGAGCAUCUCAGAAAGAUAGAAGCUGAGAGGGAGAGAGAAAGAGAAAGAGAAAAGGACCUGAUGGCUGUAUCUCUCAACACUCUUGAAAAGUCUUAUGCUGAAGCCAAUGGGAAAAUAGAAAGGGCUGCAUCAGAAAUGUGGCAAAGAGGAACUGCAGAUGUGAAAAAAUUAGUAAAAGCAUCUACUGAGGUUGGGCUCAGAGCAGAGCCUGGUGCAGUAGAGAGAGCAACUGCAGAGGCUCAGCAGCGUGCUUCUGAGAAGGCAACAGCUAAGAAGACUGCCCAUGAUACACGAGAACGAGUAGAUACAUUAUCUUCUCAUAGAUUUCAUACUAGUUCUGACAAUACACUAAUGGGACAGGAUUCUUUCUCCACAGAUCUUCUGGAACACAAGAACCAUGGGAAAUCAAAAUUGAGAUAUUCAUAUUCUUCAGCUAAUGCAGGCAUUGAAGGUGAAUCACCUCAACGAUGUAAAGCUCGCCUAGAGAGAUAUCAGAGGACAGCUGAGCGUGCAGCCAAAGCUCUAGCUGAGAAAAACAUGCGUGAUCUUCUUGCUCAAAGAGAGAAAGUGGAGAGGAAUAGAUUGGCAGAAACUCUUGAUGCUGAAGUUAAGAGAUGGUCAAGUGGUAAAGAAGGGAAUCUGCGUGCAUUGCUUUCAACAUUACAAUAUAUUCUUGGACCUGAAAGCAGUUGGCAUCCCAUUCCAUUAACGGAAGUAAUAACUUCUGCAGCUGUUAAGAAAGCUUUUAGGAAAGCCACCCUCUGUGUGCACCCUGACAAAUUACAACAACGUGGUGCAAGUAUUCAGCAAAAAUAUAUAUGCGAGAAGGUCUUUGAUCUUUUAAAGGAUGCCUGGAACAAGUUCACCUCAGAGGAGCGGUAGUUGAGGCUUUAAUCUAGCUGUUGUUGUAUGACAACUCCUGUAAGUUCACUUUGUGUAUUUAAUCAUUAGCUUUUGAACGUGAGACUGAAUAUUGUAGUUAAUUUGCCAACAUGAUGGUCCUGUAAUAGAAGAAAUGCUUAGUAAAAGGGUGCAAAUUGUAUGAA